CUCUGGAAGGGGGAAGUGAGUCUGUGAGGGAAGGAGAAGGGAAAGAGGAGGCCGCCUCUGGUCUGGCGACUGGGCGGCGAGGCGGGGGCGACCCAGGAGGAGGAAGAUGAGCCUCAAGUCCGAACGCCGAGGCAUCCACGUCGAUCAGUCGGAGCUGCUCUGCAAGAAAGGAUGCGGUUACUAUGGCAACCCCGGGUGGCAAGGCUUCUGCUCCAAGUGCUGGAGAGAAGAGUACCAAAAGGCCAGGCAGAAGCAGAUUCAGGAGGACUGGGAGCUUGCCGAGCGGCUCCAACGUGAAGAAGAGGAAGCCUACGCCAGCACUCAGCACCCUCAAGGGGCUCAGUCGCUCACGUUCUCCAAGUUCGAGGAGAAGAAAACCAACGAGAAGUCACGGAAAGUGACAACGGUGAAGAAAUUCUUCGGGGCUUCUUCCCGGGCAGGAUCCAAGAAAGUGCUGGCUGGCAAGUUGAGAGAAGUCCAGGAAACCAAGGCUGCCAGUCCUAUAAGCAGGCAAGUCAGCGUGGAGACAGAUAGAGUGUCCAAGGACUUUAUCGAGUUCCUGAAGCCCUACCACAAAGCCGGGCAGGAGAUCUACAAGCAGUGCAAACUGUUUCUGGAAGCCAUGCAUCACAAGCGGGAGCUGAGCAUUGAAGAGCAGUCCGAAUACACCCAGGACUUCUAUCAGAACGUGGCAGAUAAGCUGCAUGCCCGUUGGAAAGUGCCCCCAGAAAAAGUGGAAAUGGCAAUGGACCAGAUCGAGAAGUACAUCAUGACCCGCCUGUAUAAACAUGUUUUCUGCCCGGAAACUACCGAGGAUGAGAAAAAGGACCUUGCUGUCCAAAGGAGAAUCAGGGCUUUGCACUGGGUGACUCCGCAAAUGCUUUGUGUUCCUGUUAACGAGGAAAUCCCAGAAGUCUCUGAUGUGGUGGUGAAAGCAAUCACAGACAUCAUUGAGAUGGAUUCAAAGCGGGUGCCACGGGACAAGCUGGCCUGCAUCACCAGUUGCAGCAAGCACAUCUUCACUGCCAUCCGGACCACCAAGGACGAGCCGGCCUCCGCCGAUGACUUCCUGCCCACUCUCAUCUAUAUUGUUCUGAAGGGCAACCCGCCCCGCCUGCAGUCCAACAUCCAGUAUAUCACUCGGUUUUGCAAUCCCAGCAGGCUAAUGACGGGGGAGGACGGCUAUUACUUCACUAACCUGUGCUGUGCUGUGGCCUUCAUAGAGAAGCUGGAUGCACAGUCCCUAAACUUGAGUCAGGAAGACUUUGACCGUUACAUGUCCGGACAAGCAUCUCCGAAGAAACAAGAAGCUGAGAACUGGUCAGCUGACAUGUGCGUGGGGGUCCGGCAGAUGUACAGGAACCUUGACCUUCUCUCCCAGCUCAACGAGCAGCAGGAAAGGAUCAUGAAUGAGGCCAAGAAACUGGAGAGGGACCUGAUUGACUGGACCGAUGGGGUUGCGAAGGAAGUCCAAGAGAUUGUCGAAAAGUAUCCCUUGGAAAUAAAGCCCCCCAACCCAGCCUUGGCAGCCAUUGACUCUGAAAAUGUAGAAAAUGACAAACUGCCCCCACCUUUGCAGCCUCAGGUGUAUGCUGGAUGAUAGCCACUCCUGGAGCUGCGGCAGGCACACUCCUUCACUCUGCUUUUCUGCUUCUUGGCGGGUGGCUUGAGAGAUCUAUCAGACAAGUUUAAAACUGGCACAUUUUUAGAGGUACUAUGACCGGCAGGGGUUGCCUGACAGUGUUUGUUAUAUCCAGAAAUAGGCUUCUUUUCAGGGUUGUGUGUUUGGUGAAGGUGAACUGACUUUAACUAUUCUUUUUUUUUUUUACAUGACUCCAAUGUAAUUUUAAUGAAACAUGGUGGGGAGGGUUUACAAUUUUUCCUUCCAAAUAUGUUUUUUUAAUCAACUGAAGUGUGUUUGGCCCUUCCUGUCCCCUCCCCAAAUAAAGGAGAAGAUCAGCACUUUGCAAAGGAAUGCCGAGCUGGAACUUAAAAAAAUUAAAAGGGUACUUUUUUUUUUUUUAAGGAAAUCUAUUGUAAAAUAUUUAAAAUUGUACAUAGGACUGAAACAUUCAGUGUCUUUCUUAACUGCAUGGGAUCUUGUAAGGAAUGAUGCUUUAAAAAAUUUCCUCACCAUCAACAGAGCAAGCGCACUGCUUGAUGGCUUUGUUGGGGGAGGGCGGAUAACAGAAAAGAAGCCCGUGUUAUGGGGAAGAGGCACGGAUUUUGGGACUCAGCUAUAACUUGGGUAAGCACUCGCCUCCUACUAUUUAUAAUUUCUCAUCUAAUCUCAUCUUGACAGCCACCAAAAUAACGCCCCCUGCUGUGUGCCAGUGUGCAACAUCAGUUGCUCCUCAUGACUCUCUUUGGAGAUGAAAGAAUCACCUCGGAUGCUGGCUGCUCCCCCCUCCCAGCCACUAGCAUUAGAGCUGAUCCAUGCUGCUCUUAGAAGCCAGAGGACAUGAGCUGACGGUGAUGCGUGGUGAAAUAAUGGUUUUACCCCCAUGCUUCAGUGCUAGUGCAUUUGAAAUUUGCAUUCUCUGUUAAAAAAGAAAGACCAUUUUAUCGUGCCACUGCAAAGGAUCCUGAGAAUUGGUCUGCAGCUGUUACAGUGUAUUGGGGGAAAUGGAGGCCUCGGGCAAGGGGGAGCUAGAGUUCCCAGAUCCUUCACACCCUUGCUCGGGACUUCAUUUCGGUCUGUUUUCAGCAAGGUGUGAGAACUGUCCUUCACAGUGAAGGGCUGGUUGACCCUUACGCUGAAUAGCACACCCACCUCGACCUGCUCCACAUAUUUGACAUAACAUCCAAUCCACUCCUGUAUGGCCACGUGCCCUCCUUAAGUGUUAUGCCAAAUGGGGCAGUACGGAGCAGGUCCUGUGGUUCUACCUUAAAUUUUUAUGUUUUGGUGUAUGUUUAGAUAGUCUUUGAGUUUGGAGUCUCUGGGAUGAAUAAAGUCCAUCUUUGUGUGUGUUUUUAACCGCCCUCCCUAAAGCCCUUCAUGCCACCAUCUCUCAGUCACUGCAGGUGAUUGCUCUCCACUCCCCGCCUCCAUUCUUCCAGUGUUCUUAACAACUGUUGAAUCCCCUCCUCUAGCAAGAUAAGCCCUGGCAGAUGAAAGUUCUGCUUGCUAAAUUGAAACGGCGUCUGACUCCCUUGGAUGCCAAGCUCACAAGCAAGGGCUUGAGUGGGUGAAGGCAAGACUGGCUACAAGCUUUGCGCGUCACAGCCAGAAUCCCCAGGCCCAGUCACUCCAUGAGGCAAAGAGAGACUCUUCUCUCGACAGUGUUAAUAGCUUUGCGCUGCAGCAGGGGACACACUUCUUAAAACUGUAUUUUAAACUUCUUGUUUCAUUUGUACCUGCAAUGGUCUUGCAGCUAUAACCUAAACGUAACUUUGGAUAACGUUUUCUUUAAUACGUUUUUUUUUUUUUGCACUGUGUUUCUGCAUUUUGCAAUAAGUUUCGACCAAGACCGAUUUGUCCGAUUUUUUUUUUUUAAAUGCCUCUUUUAGAGAUGUGGUUUCCUGGUGUCUCAAAGGUAAGUAUUUGACUCCCCUCCAUUAAAUUGUGAGCAAGUUGAUCCUCUGACUCUCUUUUUGGCCUUUGAUCACAGAAGGCCCUCAAUUAGAUUAGAGCUUCUUUUUUAAGGGGCUUCUUUUUCCUCUGUGUUACACUAGGUGCUAAUUCUGGUAUCCAGGUAUACAUUUUUCACUCCAGAAAAAAGAUGAAUUCUAGCUGCUGUCACUAAAAUUGCCAUUAAAUAAACCAUGUACAAUGCAA